CCUGUCUGUCCCAGUGUGCCUCGCAUCGUCAUUCAUGUUACGUUGUUGUUACCUGGUGUGCGUCCUCGUGAUUCAGGUCGUCACCACGGUGUUAGUCUUACGACUUUAACUCUUUCACGGUUUGAAAGUUAAUUGUAACAUUUUGGUCGCCUAAAAGUGUCUUAUUUAGAGUCCGGUCUCAGCUCCACCCUCUUGUAUCCCUUCUGGUUCCAAAAAAACAAGAUGGCGGCGACCAUAAUGCCAAACUUGAGGCUUCACGUCCGCAAACCAAUGGAUAUGGCCUCAGCCGACUUUUCCCAAUCUGAAGAGACAUUUUUUUGUUCAAUCUGUCUGGAGGUUUUCACUGAACCCGUCUCCACUCCCUGCGGACACAACUACUGCAAGGGCUGCAUCACAAGCUACUGGGCCUCCAGGGACUUCAGCCAGUGUCCAUUAUGCAAUGAACCUUUCCACACAGCCCCCGAGCUGCGAGUCAACACAGAAUUCAAAGACAUGUUGAAGCUUUUCAACAGGAUGAAAGUUGCAGGGGACGACGGCAGUCCCCCCGCCGGACCUGGGGAAGUGCCCUGUGACAUCUGUCACGGGAUGAAGCAUAAGGCUGUGAAAUCCUGCCUGGUUUGUUUGACCUCUUACUGCAACGCUCACCUGAAGCCCCAUCACACGGUCCAGGUCUUAAAGUGGCACGAGCUGAUCAACCCUGUGGAGACCCUCGAGGACAGGGUGUGCAGGAAACACAACAAGGUGAUCGAGUUUUUCUGCAGGAAAGACCAGAGCCGUGUUUGCUUUGUGUGCCUGAGGGAUGACCAUGUGAUGCAUGACGCCAUCUCUUUAGAGGAAGAGUUUAAGGAGAGGAAGAUUAAGCUGAAGUGUGCGAAAAGGCAAGUCCAGCACAAUCUGAAUGAGAAAUGCCACAUGGUUUUGAGGAUUCAAAACUCAAUGAUGGAAGGUCGGCAGGAAGUAGAGACAACGAAGGCGGGAACUGUUGAGGCUUUCGCUGCUUUGGUGGCCUCGAUUCGGACAAAAAAAGUGAAGCUGAUUGAGCUGUUGGAGGAGAAGCAGGCAGCAGCAGAGCAGAAGGCUAAAGCACUCAUCAGACAACUGUGGCUGGAGAUUGCAGAGGACCGUCAGACAAGUAUCAAGCUGGAAGAGCUCUCAAAGACGGAGGACGACUUCCAACUCCUCCAGAGGCUCCCAUCCUCCACAUCCAACACAAAGGAUUGCUUCACAGACCCCCAAAGUCUCCUGCAGGUAGAGACAGUGAGGAGUGCGGUGGCCAAGAUAGAGGAGACGCUCAACACACACAUGGAGAACAUUAUCAAAGAAGUCAAUCUGGCAGAUAAUGAGGAGACCUUUGAGGAACUGCAAAUAGAGAACGUGUUUGACGAUGAGCUUGGAAAAAUCCAGGAGCAAUAUGCAAUAAAAGUGACUCUGGACCCCGACACAGCACACCCCUCCCUUAUUGUCUCCGAGGACAUGAAGCAAGUGAGGGACGGAGGCUCGAAGAGGAAUAUCCCCAGCAGCCCCAAAAGGUUCGAAUCGGUCCAUUUUGUCCUUGGGAAUGAAGGGUUUUCCUCCGGCAAGUUCUACUACGAAGUAUCGCUUAAAGGACAAACAGGAUGGGAAGUCGGAGUUGUGAGAGAGUCCAUCAACAGGAAAGGUUUCAAUUGGUCCCUCAGCCCUGAAAACGGAUGCUGGACUUUGGGGUUGUAUUGGGGACGCUGCCAGGCCAACACAAAUCCUCCUGUCCUCUUACCCUUGAUUAAAGAUCUCCAGAAGGUCGGGGUGUUUGUGGAUUUUGAUGAAGGGUUGGUCUCUUUCUACGACGUGGACACUCGGGCUCAGAUAUACUCCUUUACAGGAUGCUUCUUGACAGGAAGAGAAUCAUUUCUGAGUAAAAUAUUAGCGUUCGCGGUUAAAGACACAGCAAAGGUCUACCCUUUGUUCCGACCCUGCGCUGAGACGGAGAGCCCUCCUCUACAGAUCGCUCCUGUCGGAUGCACAAAAGGAAAGUAGUGAUCCUUACUCGCUUACUUUUAACUGGGUGGUGUAUUCUGGGGUUCUUAAUAAUGACAGAGGCAUAUUCACAAAAUCAGAGUCAUGUGAUAUUAUUAGUACGUUGUGUAUCCAUUUUUUACACCUCCUUACAUGAGAAUCAACCGGAAGUUAGUUCCUGUGGGAACCUCCGUGAUCUCCGAUGUGUUUGCGACAUUUUUCCGUAUUUUUGCAGGUCUGGAAUUUGCCUGGAGAACAUUGAAAAAUUAGAAUUUGUUUGGGAGUUUUAAGUGCAUUAUACAUAACAUGUUAAAGAAGUAAAUAUGAAAAUCAUCUAAAUGUUCAUGUGCAAUAUUACUUUUCUAUUUUAAUUGAUUUAUUUUAUUUACAUUUACUUUUAUUGUUGUUCUAUUUAGCACUUUAAUUAGUAUGACGUUAGUAUUAAAACUUAUACACUUUAUAUACAUUACUCUGUUUUUUUCAUUUUUACGUUUUAAUCCUUUUUGCAAACUGGCACAAGAAUUUCCUUCAGCGUUAAUAAAGUUUUAUCUUAUUUUAAAGAAUAAUAAAUAAUAUUCAACAGCAAAAUUGCACUUGGCUCCUUCAUAAUAAUAUUUGAGUAUCAUUUUAAAUUAAUUUGUGCUGUUUGUAUUCACUGUUUUGUUCUUAUUUAAUCAAUAUAAAAGGAAUAGUUAGAUCGUCUCUUGUGAAACGGGAGCAGUUCUGCCCUGUGACCACUGGAGGUCAGUGCAGACACAUAAUGUGAAGCACUCUGUUCUGCAGGACUUUGCACUAAACAGGUUCAUGAGAUACAUUUUAUUUUUGGACCAAUAUACAGAAAAUGGGAGGCAUUUUAAUUUCCCCAAACAUGGAGGGUCAUAGGCAGGGUCAACUUGAUUUGUGUAUUGUAUUUUAUUACUUGGACUAUCGGUACGUUUGUAUGUUUGUUUUCACACACAUGAGGAGGCUAUACAUCAUGUCAUUGGAUGUUAUGUGUCAGCACAUGAUGCGGACAGUUUUCUGGGCCGUACAUAUCCGCAGACUCGCUUGUGCACAAGUCAUCUAAAUGUGGUUGUAAUUGCACAACUCAUUUUUUGAAAAAUAAUGUCAAACAGGUCCCUGUUAUAAGAAAUUGGUACGGCAUAAUCAAAAAACUAAUUAAUACACAUUUCUGGAUCCAAAUUUGGUAAAUAUUGAAAAAUCUUACUGUAAUCAAAUCUGAUCACGCAGCUCCCGACUUCUGUGCCAAAACGCUUUAUAGUGCGGCAAUAAAUAAUGCAUGGGUAUAAAUUCUACAUGUAGGUGUAUAAACAAAGUUAUUACAGCAUUAUUUGCAAACCUGUAAACCUCUAAGCUGUAUCUUAGUGUGUAUCUUCUUGAACAAUGUUCUUGGCUCUGCAUAUAAGUACAAAUUCCUUGUAACAUAUACUUGGCAAAUAAAGCUGAAUUUGAUCAUA